CCAUGGGCAGCACAGCCAUGUUGUCUUUCUGCUCUCUUAGCUGUGAGAUGCUUUUUUAAAGCUGAAUUCCAUUGAUUCUGUCAGGUCUCGCAGAUUUAUGGUUGCACCAGCAAGAGAAUCCUGGUUCCCAAGGUGAUUGCUGCAGGCUGUCUCAAGGCAUUGCUUUCUUCUGAGUUUCCAAUUUUAAGUACCUGAAAUGAUGUGAAGAUAGUUGUUCUGUCGGUCAGCUGCUUCCAGAUAUUGGUCAUGGGGAACCAGAAGAUGAUAUAGUAAUUCUUUCCAGGUGCUUCUCACUUCUUCUAUAAUGUAUGAAACAGAGAAUAAGAAUUUCCAAGCAGAUCAAUAAAAGAGCAAUAUACAAUGCUUUUAAUGAUGGGACUGGAUUUUUCCAGAUGUUAUUCUAAACACACUGACUAUCAUUUGCUGUGAUCCACUGCAGGAAGCAGAAAGACACCAAGAAAUGUCCUGAAGGAUGAGUCUACAGGAAAUUCUCAGCUGACCAAAAGGCAGACCAAGGAUCCAAUGAUAGCUGGACAAGUCAGUAAGCCCUUGCUGUCACUGCGGAGUGAAAUGAAUGCAGAGUUGAGAGGUGAGGACAAGGCAGCUACUUCAGACAACGAGCUGAAUGAGCCCUUGCUUGCGCCUGUGGAAUCAAAUGACAGCGAGGACACUCCCAGCAAGCUCUUCGAGGCCAGAGGAAACACAGUGCUGCCUGACACAAGCCCAGCAGACCAGCACCAACCCAGUCAGUCCCAUCCUGCAUUCCCUAUUGGGCCUCAGCAGCUACUGACAGCCCAACAGUUAGCCUCAGCAGUAGCGGGGGUGAUGCCAGGAGGCACUCCAGCCCUUAAUCAGCCAAUCCUCAUUCCUUUCAACAUGGCUGGGCAGCUGGGGGGCCAACAAGGACUUGUCCUAACUCUACCUACAGCGAAUCUUACCAACAUCCAAGGACUGGUAGCAGCAGCUGCAGCAGGAGGCAUCAUGACUUUGCCAUUGCAAAAUCUACAAGCUACCUCAUCCCUGAACUCCCAGCUUCAACAGCUUCAGCAUCUUCAGCAGCUCCAGCACCAACAGCAGCAGCAGCAAAACCAGCAGCAGCAGCAAGGUCAGCAGGCACAGACUCCACAGCCACCCCAGCAGACCCAGCAGUCACAGCCACAGCCAUCAGCACCACCGCAGCAGAACCAAACACAGUCCCAGAGCCAGACUCAACCUCCUCUGGUCCCACAGUCCUCCAGCUCCCCUCAGAAACCCAGCCAGUCACCAGGGCAUGGACUUCCAUCUCCUCUUACUUCACCAAAUCCACUGCAGCUGGUUAAUAAUCCACUAGCAAGUCAAGCAGCAGCCGCUGCAGCAGCAGCAGCUAUGGGCUCAAUAGCAAGCUCCCAGGCCUUUGGCAAUGCCCUCUCCAGUCUUCAGGGGGUCACAGGUCAACUCGUCACUAAUGCACAAGGACAGAUUAUUGGAACAAUCCCAUUGAUGCCUAAUCCAGUCCCCUCCAGCCAGGCGGCAGGUGGAGCUCAGGGGCUUCAGGUGCAGCCAAUAACUCCACAGUUACUGACCAAUGCCCAGGGUCAAAUCAUCGCUACUGUCAUCGGCAACCAGAUACUCCCAGUGAUCAAUACCCAGGGAAUAACACUAUCGCCGCUUAAACCAGGCCAGCAGCUCCAUCAGCCCUCCCAGACGCAAGUGGGACAAGCAGCCUCACAAUCCAAUCUCCUGCAUUUGGCUCACAGUCAAGCAUCUAUGUCUCAAAGCCCAGUGCGUCAGGCUUCCUCUUCCUCCUCCUCAUCCUCCUCCUCUUCAGCUUUGAGUGUUGGCCAGUUAGUCAGCAAUCCUCAAACAGCCACUGGAGAGGUGGAUGGGGUUAACCUGGAAGAAAUCCGAGAAUUUGCCAAAGCCUUUAAAAUCCGGCGCCUGUCCCUUGGCCUGACACAGACUCAAGUUGGCCAAGCCCUAAGCGCCACCGAAGGCCCAGCCUAUAGCCAGUCUGCCAUCUGCAGACACACCAUCCUGAGAAGCCACUUUUUCCUACCACAGGAAGCCCAAGAGAACACUAUAGCUAGCAGUCUGACAGCCAAACUGAACCCUGGCCUUUUGUAUCCUGCCAGGUUUGAAAAGCUGGACAUCACCCCUAAAAGUGCCCAGAAGAUAAAGCCGGUGCUUGAGCGGUGGAUGGCUGAGGCUGAGGCCCGCCAUCGAGCAGGUAUGCAGAACCUUACCGAGUUUAUUGGAAGUGAACCAUCCAAAAAGCGCAAGAGGCGUACCUCAUUCACGCCACAAGCCCUUGAAAUCUUGAAUGCCCACUUUGAGAAGAACACACAUCCCUCUGGGCAAGAAAUGACAGAGAUUGCAGAGAAACUGAACUAUGACCGAGAAGUAGUUAGAGUUUGGUUCUGCAAUAAGAGGCAAGCACUGAAGAACACAAUUAAACGUUUGAAACAACAUGAGCCUGCGACAGCAGUUCCUAUGGAGCCUUUAACAGACUCUCUGGAAGAAAAUUCCUAAAAACAAAACAAAGCAAAACAAAACAAAACCACACAGAAAAUAAAAUUGCACCAACAGAAAUGCAACCAUUUGAACUCUGUGAAAAUACCUAUUCAUCACCCUUGUAAGUAAAAGACUGAGAAAACUACAAGAAGGACAGAACAGUUUAUAAAUGUCCAUGGGUUUUCCUAUUAAAAAAAAAAAUACACGACACUUAGUGUGUGUGUGUGUCGUAGAAUUAGUUCCCAAAAAAAAGAAAAAGCCAGUUUUUUUAAAUGGACUUAAAGUAAACCAAAUAACUGCUUACUUUUUUCUGUAUAUUAUGAAAAUAUGAACACAUUUUAAGGAAAAACAAAACAAACAAAAAAAAAAAGAAAAAACUUUUAUCUGUUUAAAAGAGAAUACAAGCCUGCCACCUGGAGGAGUGAUUGUAGCCUUUCAGGUAUCAAGUGCUGAUUCACUAUGAAAACUAUUAACCAAAGUCAGAAACAUGGCAUUGCAAACUAGAUUGUUAGUCUACUCUUUUAUGAGUGUAAAAUUGUGUUAUGAAUUUUUACAUUUGUAUUUUGCAAAGACAAAAACAACAGGAUUAGUUUCUCUCAUUCUUGUUUGCACCCCUGCAGGUGUGUACAAACAGGUGUUAAAGCCAUUCCAUAGCAGUCACCUCCUUUUCUUUUAGUCCAGAGUUUUGCAAUCUCCUAGUGUCUGGGUGCCAAAAAUAACUUAUUUUUAUUGUGAUUUGUGGGGUUUGGUGUUUCUCUUCUAAGGGUGUGUGUCUUGGUUUGCAUUUUUCUUUUCUUAUUUUUUGGUUCUGAUUCUAUUUACUGCCUCCUCCCUUCCAGCUCAUUCUCCACCCCUUCCCCAAACCCACAUAACCCAGUACUGUUUGAAGACUUUUAUACUGAUACACUGAAAUGCAACAGAGGACCAAGAAGGAUUUAGGAUUAUGCCUGAUGGACUGUCAGCCUACACUGAACAUUGUGCUUUUUGUCAAAUGUGUGGCUUGGGAUUUCUCUGUCCUUUGGCUGUGAUCCUGGAGAGGUUACCAAAACACAUUUUGUAGUAUAAAUAUAAACUGCACACUUGGUUUGAUAUUGCAUCUAUAUUAUAGUUCCAUUUGAAGCAAUUUCUCUCCAAAGUCUGCUAGCCAAAGAAAUUUUUUGAGAUUCUGAUGAAAACAAAUUGACAGGCCAAGAAGCGAUGAGGAGGUUUUGAUCAUUAGAUCAUUAUGGACUGUUUCAAUGGUAGCGUUUUGUUCCUUUUGCCUUUUUUUGUGUUAUCCUGAUAUUGAUGCUUGCCCUGUUAACUUCUUCAGUAGGAUGAUGUGUUUCUGCAGGUGUUUGCUGUGGCCAUUGGCUAGCAUAAGCAACUGGGAUGUAGAGAAACGCAGUGAAUAUCCCUUGGUAAUGUAAGGUGGGUCACCUGCAAUAUGUAGGUGAACUGAUUUUCCUUUAAAGACAGUUUAUCUCUGUGGCUUCCUUUUUGAUUGGACAAACAUCACUAAAAUACUGUGGUCAUUGGACCUACAAGUAUACUUGUAGUACUCUUGCUUAGGGCAAGAGAAAAGUGUUGCAGGUUCUUGAUGGGGUAUGGGCUGACCUAUGAGAGUUGUCUGCAAUUUUCAUCUUUGUCUGAGUUCUGCUCCAGCCUUUGGGGUUCAGCCCUGUUAGGGUGAAAGGUGCGUCUUGAUCAGGUCUUCCCAAAAAAAAACAUCAGGGAUUUGGUUCAACUCACUGUAGAAAUGGUAAAAUUCUGCUGGUAUAACUCGUGAUUGCAGUCCUUGACCUUAGGAUGGUUGUACUGGAUUCUGGUCUGCCCAGGAUGUUGGUCUACCCAGGAUGCUGAAGGAAGUUCCUGAAGUGCUGUAGUCUUCAAAUAACACCUCUUUUAUUAACAGAGUUUUCCAGAACUCAAGAACUCCAAAACUUAGUGAAAGAAACAGACUUUCAUUGAUUUCAAUAGGCUUUGAAUCUGGCCCUCACUAUUUUAUUAAUGGAAUUUGCCUUGUAGAGUGUGGUAUUUGCUGCAUGGCUGAGGGAGUUUUAAGGUUUCAGAGAACCAUCAUCAGGGCCAGAAACUGCUUCUAAAUGUGAGCACUCUCAAAGGUCAGGAUUGGAGAGCACUGACAAUCCAGUACUCCAGGAUGGGCUCACGUCCAGCAAAUGCAUUUUAGACUUUAAGCUUCAGCAGGGUAUGUUUAAGGAUAUUUUCAGUAUUGCUUUUAUGAGGAGGAGAGUGAGGAUUGUUAUUGACUCUUUUUCAACUGUUGAUAUAUAAAUAACUGCUGGGGGAAAAAAACACCACAGUAACCACAGGCAAAUUGUGAGGGACAAAGAAGAUGCUUUACCCAAGCUGAGCAUGUAAAGUAAAGAGAGUCUCAUGGCUACAUCUGCCCCUCUGAGGUUUUUUUUGCCCUCUGUCUCCAAAGAUACCUAUGUCCACAGAAAUAUCUCCGUUAUCUAUAUCAAACAGCCCCAAAUUUGUGGCCACAGUUCAAUUUACAUAACGAUCAGACCACCAACCAGAAGCCAACAGGGAAGCAGGGAAGAAUGGAUCGUAUUUGGAAGCAGACACUCCUGAAUCCUACCCGUGUCUCCAGUACAGUCCUAAUUGCCCAGUCAUUAAUGCCACAUACACGAUUACCCGUUCAGUCAUCCUUAAGAACAUACCCUCCCCCGCUCCAUCCCCCUCUACAGCCUGGGAACAAAACCAUCAACCAUUCUUUGCCUAAAAAUGAAAUUUCCAAUUCUCCCAGGGACUGCUCUAAAUUCUGUGAAGAAAAAUCCCUCAAGAAGAAAAGUUAACUAAACAGUGUAUGAAAGAUACUAAAUGUUUAAAAAUAUGCUGGCAGCAGUUACAUAAGCUCUUUUCUGUUCCAAAGUACAUAUCAGAAGGAUAAAACUAGGACAGUGAAAAUGUAAAAUAAAUAUAAAUUGCCAGCUUGGAAGAAAAAAUAAUGUUUAUCCCACAGUCUUAAAACCAUUCAUGUGCAGUGAUUUUUUUUACAGUUUUCUAAUUUUGUAUUAUGUUUUGUAAAUUAUUUAUAAAGUGUUGUAAUGCUUCUUAUAUUAAUUUUUCUAUAAACAAAUAUUUGCAAUGAGGCAUAAAUGGUGCCUGAACAGAUUCUUAGGAAGAUAAAUUAUGUGUGAGUCAUAUAUCUUUGGGAGGCCAUAAAUAUUUUGUUUUAUUUUGUUACUAGCAACAUUUCUCAUUUCCAUUUGUAAACUAUUUUCAUGUACUGAUAACAUUUGAAUAUCUUUUAAUUUUGCAUGUGACUAAAGGAUAGAUUGCUACCAGCCAAUGAAACAAAAGUCUCUUCAGUCGUAUGUGAUUGUUUAAUGGUUUUCCAAUUUAUUGAUCAUUGAAUUUUUUUAAAUAUAUAUAUAAAUAUUAUUUGAAUAAUGAACCAAGGGUUCACUUACUGUUCUGAUUUUGUCUUUUUAUGUUUUUCACUAAAAAGCUAUUUUGGACAGUUGAAGAAAUCAAAUGCAUUCAAAUGGUUCAAAUUUCUUUAUGUUACUACUGAAAAAGAAAAAAAAGCCAAAAAAGAAAAUAAAAGAAAAGAAAAGAAAAAAAAUAAAAAGAGAGAACAAGAAAGAAAAAAGGAGCUAGGAAUGAACAAGUAGAGGCGUAUCAAAGAACUCAAGCUAUAACCAAAAAGAAAUAUGUAAAUGCCUUUGCUCGUCUUCUCAAUGCUGGACCAAAGCUCAAUGUAUGUAGGUAUAUGCACAUUGUAUAGAUAUGGCUAAAUGUUGCUGACAAUCUCGCAAUACUAAACUGUUACUAUUUUAAAAAAAUACAAAAAUAAGACUGAUCAUCAGUGUUUUACCUCAGCACUCUACUUGUACCCAGUUAUUGACCACCAUUCAAAUAAGAAGAUAAGAGAGGAAAUUGAUUUCCAUGUCAAUGUUUGACUGUAAAAUCUGUUUGGAAAACAUUUUGUAAUGAGCUUUUUGUCACGUGGUUUGCUUGUUUCCAACUUGAGAUUAUGUGGGGCACAUUUGUUUAUUUAUUGUUUAAAAGUGAUAUUAUUUAUUAGUAUUAUUAUUAUUAUUAUUAUUUUUGUCCUAUGUGCUAUAAACUACAGAAUGGUCACCAGGGUCACUUAUGAAGCACUGCAAAGAGAUCUGUUUUUCCAUGCGUGGAGCAUACAGCAGGAAAGAUGGCAGUACAAAAUGGACUGUAUUGUGUCUUUAAAAAAUACGAAUAAAUGCAAAAGGAGUUGAUAUGGUGGACUUGUGACCAAGAAAACAAACUGGAUAUUUAGAAGCUCCUUACUACUCUGACUUUGAAACCAAAGCUGAUUUAUCUGCACAGGUUGCUUAACAUGAAAAAAAAAAACUGACAAAAACUGUACUUAAUCUAGAGCAAUAUCUGUAUGGUCAGUAAAGCUGCACUUUGUGUAUUUCUUAACAGCUUCAGAUCUGUCACUUUUAAUUUGUACCAUAAAAAAUAAAGAAUUGUUUGACAUGAAAAAUAA